AUGCCUAAAAUCGAAAAGGCCUCUUCGUCGCAUCGCCAUUCCGUCUCUGCUUCGACCGCAUCAGCAGCAGGAGGAAGCGUUCGUAUCUCCUCAUGGGCAACAAAAGAUGAUGAGACUCUCAUCCAAGCUCGAGCCCAAGGUCUCAACUGGAAUCAGAUUGCACCGAAACACUUUCCCACCAAAUCACCCAAUGCCUGCCGAAAGAGGCAUGAGCGGUUGAUGGAAAGGCAGAAUGCUGAACAAUGGGAUGGCGUCAAGCUAGACGUUCUGGCGCAAGCAUAUAUGGAAGUCCGACGAGAGAUGUGGAGUAUACUCGCUACUCGAGUCGGAGAGAAGUGGCAGCUAGUUGAGACAAAGUGCAUGGAGAAGGGCUUCAAGAAUCUUCAGCAGGCGCACCGGUCGGCGCAAAAGAAACAGGGUAUUACCUACACCGAUCACUGCGGUGACAGUGGAAUAGGCAUUUCUGACCUCGAUGAAGAAUCGGAGGAUAUUCACGCGGACAAUCCCACUGCGUCCGAAACACACUACAACCAAUUCCCUGAAAGCUAUCCUCAAAACCAGCAACGCGUUCCCAGCAUCCAGUCUAUGCUGCAUCCGACCCAACAUCCCUCUCGCCACAUUGAUCAACAACAAUGA